UCCUGUGCUGGGUCGUCAAGUUAACAUUAAAUUACAUUGCAUUGCAUUACAUCACAUUACAUUGCAUUGCAGUUGGCAGACGCUUUACAACCAAAGUGACUUUUCAAAAGAGGACAUAAUCAUAGCCAACAUCGCUAGCAGACGCAAUAGCUGGAUGCAAUAAUACAGUCAUCCAGUUCCAUCUUCCAUCCUCCAUCUUCCAUCCAGCAGCCCAACUGUCAUCCACAACUUCCUGUGACCACCCCCCUCCCCCAAGUGGGUUCCCUGGCCCGGCCCGGCAAUGGCUUCGUGGUUCGGCUGGGGCGGCGAGCCACAGUACCGCAGCCCGCGGCGCGAGCCGUCCGAGGUCGUCACGGACACGCUGAUGCUGGAGCUGAGCUGGCAGCUGAAGGAGGCGGAGCGGAUGCAGCGCGAGCGCGACAGCGAGUACCGGCGGCUCAAGACGGGUGUAGACUACAGCUGGCUGGUCAGCACGCCGCGCUGCAACGUCGACAUCACCGCCGGCGAGCGCAUUGGCCUGGAGGAGCUCUGCGCCAAGGUGCCGCCAGCGCACUGUGGCAACGUCAUACUCAGGUUCCGCGAGGUUCUGGAGGAGAACGAGCCGGAGGUGUCGGAGGUGUCUGGCCUGUUCCGCUCGGUGCUGACGGAGUGUCUGGAGCGCGUGCGCGAGGACGAGGAGACGCAGCGUCUCUCGCAGCAGUGGAGCAGCCGCCAGCGCGCCGUCAGCAUGUCACUGCUCAGCUUCCGUAGCCGCGUACGCAUCAACCCCUUCGGCAGCACCACGCGCCUCACGGGGGGAACCGCCGCGGCCAACGGGGUCCCCGGCGAGGCCUACGAGCCCGAGCCCGGCGGGCCCGUCAAGACCGUCUCCGAGGACGUGGAGAGGGGGAUGGGGGGCACGGUGCCCGGAGGGAUGAGGGCUGGGGGCGGCAGCGCCGGGAGAGCACCACGCGUCUGGAGCAUGCCCGACUUCAGGCACCAGGGCAUCAACGGACACGUGGGAUGA